UUAGUAAGCCCGGGUUUAGUCGAUGUCGGACAAUUUGCGAGUCGAGAUCGUGGGACUUGCAAUUCGGGAAAAACGCACGGUUACCGGAACACCGUGACGAAUUUGGUGCCAAACGUACAAUAACCCUGUUUUUGGAUACAUGGGGUUUAGCUGAAGAAGUGUGAUUGAUUAGUAAUUGUUUUUUUUUGGGAAUGGGAAAGUGUAGUGAGAAAAUUGUCAACAUUUCUUGUGAGAAACAGCCAUCAGUAGUGCACCCGUGAUACUAAAAUAUCGAACCAAAGAGAGAAUGUAAGAAAAUAAAAGUGAUCCGAUUAAGUGAACUUCAUCGACUUCUUCAAUCCGACUCCGUCCGAAGAAAGCAACCUAGUAAAUGUUUUCCCUCAAAAGCUGAUCCCCAAGUGAUCUUGCUAAUUAAGUGCCAUAACCAAAGAGUGUUUGAGAAAGAAAAAGCAUUCUGAAUGCAGGAAUGAUGUCAGCAACGACCAACUCUGAGAGGAAUUCCAGAACCUCGACUCAUCAUCAUCAAUCUGUGGUGCCCCGACCUUUUGAAGGCAGUCCUACUCCAAGCAUUGGUAGUAGCAGCAGCACCAGUAGCAAAUCUUCGAUCAACGCCAGUGGCAAUGCAUGGCACUUCAAAGUGCACCAAUCGCCAACGUUAGGAACAACAACGAUGACGUCGACGAGACAACCACCUGUCAUAGUCAAGAGAUUAGGUGGCCGCAACCAUAACAAUGGUGCUUCGUUUCGCCUACCGGUUGUUGAGGUGGGAUCGCUACCGAUGCUUGAUCGCGACGUUUGCGGUGACGUCUCGGAUGACGAAGACGCCGUUUGGCGUCGACGUCGAGUGGAUUCCGCGAAAGCCGUCGUCGUCGAUUAUUGUUAUGAUGGCAAGCAGCGACUGAGCGCCAGUUCUCCGGUGAUCUUACUCGGAGCAGGUACGACGACGAAUGCGAUCGCAGGUGCUCACGCGAAGGUAAUCGACGACGAUCAGCACCAGCAACAGCAAAAACGUUGGGGUUGGGGACCCGGGGCAGGCAGUCACGUCGCGAACAUCUACGAGAACGUACCUUUUCCGGGAAACAAAGGAUCGUUCGGUGUGCAGUCGACUGUGGCGACCUGUUCCGUGAUUGCUUCGGGUUGUGGCGAGGGUGCAGGGUACGGCAAACUUCGCAAGUGUUGUGAGGAAAAUAUCUAUGAGAAUAUCUGCGAGGACUGCGGACGUCUGUAUAGCACUGAUAAAUGUGCCUUUUGUGCGGUGGACGAAGACGAAGGAGAUCGAUCGGUAGCACGGAAACCGACGAUCAACAAGUAUAGUGCCAAAUUCCAGGAAUUCUUCGGGAACUUUCGUCUGAAAUCUCCGUCGGUGGGGGUGGGAUCGAGUGUGCUUGGGAGAUCAGGUGUGGCGCAAACCAAACGGAAAUUGUCCAAGAGUGACAUCGUGCACAACGUUGGUGGCUUUGAGGAUGUGUUCCGCACCAACAAAUCGUUCGACCUUGGCGAAAUCUGCCGUAUGCGCCAGCAGCAGGUCCAACAACAUCAGCAGCUAAUAAGCAACAGCAGCAGCAGUGAUUUAGAACAACUGGAAAAACAAACCCGCCAACAGCAACAUAAACGAUCUUACGAAAGCAACAGCAGCAUUAACAACAAUAAAGCCGGCAUCGAUCGCGUGCCUCUGCUAUUGCACAAAAGCGACGAUCGCGAUCGCGAGCGACUUUUGGUUUCUUCAAAGGCGACGACGCCCAUAAGCCCCCCAAGUGACAACGACGACGUUGACGGCGGAACGAAAGCGAAAAGAAGUGCAAAUUUAAUCGAUUUUUCGGACCCUCUCUUCGGUUUCUGUGAUCCGCGCAAGUUGGUUUAUGAAAAUUUGAGUUUCGGACCGAACCCUAACCGGAAACAAAUUAGUGAACGACCAUCACCGGAACUUGAAUCGUUGGAUGGAUCGAUUCGCGAGUGGAUGACGUCACUGGCUUGGGUCAGUGGCGCCGAAGAUUACGAGUGCGACGAACAGGAGGUGACUUAUCACGUUAAGUCCAUUCCAUCGGCGACGUUCAACGACGCGGCAGAAAGUGGGUGGGUCUUUCCUCCAACUGGGGUUCAGAAAGGGGAAAGGUAUCACGAUCCGGAUCGGCUACGCCAUAAGGUCGAAGAAUACCGACAGAACAUAAUCAACAACAAUCACCGGUGCCGCCGACGACCCGGUCAUCGUGGGAGUAGAAUUCGGAACAGUUCCAGCAACAUCAACAGGGAAGAGGCGAAAGUGGACGAUCAACUGGUGGUGAUUACCUUUCGGAAUUCCGUUUUUGAAGAUGAGCGGGAUCAUGGUGAUGAUGACUCGGACUGUUCCGAUGGAACGCUGACGCCGACCAGCGUUAAGGUGGUUACAACAGCGGUGGGGCUGCAUCGUUUCGAGCCCGAAAAUCCGUCCAUCGCAUCGGAGGACCGUUCCGAUUUCGUUUGCGGUUUGCUGAACAUUUUCGAUGCCGUCCUAAGCCGAGAGAAGAAAGAAUGCAAUUUACUGCCUCCUCCUUCUUCUCCACCAUUCUUGUCCGACCAAAGUCUCAAAACCAAUGAUAACAACAUCAACACGAAUGCUAGAAGUGACGUGAUAAGCAGCUCAUCGUAUCGGACAAGUUUGCCACAACAGCCACAUCCACAGGUAAUCGUCGUUCAAGAUACGAAAUUGCCUCCGGGAUCGAACUGCUUGGUGGUGACGGCCUUAUCAGUGAACAAACAACAACCAUUACGGCGUUCGGAAAUUUGUCGUAGAUUGGCACGGGAACGUUUACUCACACUUAGUCUCUGUCGAGUAGUGCUUGGGAACGAUCCCCAGCUAAAGAUUUUUUUGCUAGUCAAGGUCCUGAAACUUCAAGUAGGCAGACGGAAGCUAGUGCUUAAUCGGAGAAAAACUUACCUCAACCUCAUAACCAUGACCAGUAGUAGUAGUAGUCAGUCACAGUGCCAGCAGCGAUCCGGUAGUCCUGCCAAUAGUGCCUUGUGCGAGGCAAUUCGGAUAGAUCAGUACUUUCAAUUUCUGGAAGGCAACGAAACGAUGAUUAAUCUAGCUAUCAGCAAACGAAGACGCCGUCGUAAAGCUGAUGAACUCAUCAACCCGGACCUGCAGAGUAACUCCUCCAACGAAAUAAGCUGCGGCAGUACGACCAGUGGUAUAAAUUCCGACAGCGGAGUAUCGCUUAUGGACGAAAACAUCUAUCAGCAGAUCUGGACCUGCAAAACGGACGGCUCAGAACCCACGGCACACGAAUCUCCUCAGGAACACAUCUACGACUACAUCAAACUCCAUCCACCGCAGGACGAAUCCGAGUGGGAGGUCGUAGUGGACGACUUCGCCUUCUCGAAGCGACGAACUCACCUCCGACCGGCACCUCCCAUUCCCAAUCGGAACAUCCGACACCCCCUGGAUCAAUACCGUAACGUGUGUAUCCUCUACAACCCAACCGAACCAAAGGUCAACCAAAUUAUCUACGACUACCGGCGGGAUUACAUCUUCAAUUACGGCAGCUGCACCACUAAAGUUGAUGACGAAUCGUCGAAGAAGCUGUCUAAUCAAAGAACGUCAUCGCACGAUAGUCUUUGCGAGGCCGACGAAGAGGAGGACGUCGUCGAAAGAGCAAGUUUUGAGUGUGACGACAGCUGCUGCCCGGACUUUGAUUACGACCUGCUUGACGACGACGAUGGUGAAAGUCUGUCUUCGUCUUCCUGUCCGCACAACAAUUCAGAAAGUAUAACCAAAGAUAGGAAACCCGCAAACACCAGUAAUCUAGGCAGGAGAAACAGCUAUUGUCCGUACUCGUCGAUACCGGACUGUGUGCAGUAUUGGAAGUUUAUGCUGUUGAACGUGCACUACAACGAAGACGAGGAGGACGUGAUAAUGACCGAAAAGACCCUGGCAGUGAUAUCGGAGAACAUCGAACAAAAUUUAGCGCCACUGAGAAUAACGCUCGACGAUGAUCAGCACCAUUCUAGUCUUAGAGAACUUCAGCCGAAGCAGUUCGUACCACAUCACCCACUGCAGCAACAGCCGCAGCCGGGGCCCAAAUUUGGCAGUCCAACGGCAAGAAGUAAACCGGACGUGCCCUUCUUCGACAGCUGUCCGGGAACGUACACCUCCAAGAGCAUCGAAAACCUCCCGGAUGUUUUGCCACCUGUUCAAGUCGCACAACAAGAGAAGGAAAAAUCCCCGAACCCGAAACGCGAGAGAUUUCGGGAUAAGAUGAAAUCCGUCCUACCGUUGAGCUCAUCUCGCUCCGACGAAGGUCUGGUGUUUGGUGUCGAGCUGGAGCAGGUCGAACGUGACGAAAAGCUCCAGGUGCCGCGAUUCAUGGUCGAAUGCGUCGAGAUACUCAAGGAACCGGAAUACAUGUGUACCAGCGGGCUGUAUCGAGCUUCCGGCAACAAAAACUCUAUCGAAACCAUCAAAAAGAAGAUGAACGAGCGGCGGUCUCCGAAGAAGUAUGAUUUCCUGAAAAAGCAGGACGUCCACUCGUUGACCGGUUCGUUGAAACUGUUCUUCCGGGAGCUCAAAUCUCCACUAAUACCCAAGGACAUCUACGAAAUGUGUGUUCGAAAGACCAAAGAUGAAGCAGAAACCAUUGAAAACAUUAGACGUAGCGUAGAAAAAAUGGAAUUGAUCAACCGGAACACCCUCCGGUAUCUCAUUCGUCAUCUUCGAUGCGUGCAUCAAAACAGUGACACUAACAUGAUGAAUUCGUCCAACUUGGCUAUCGUUUGGGGGGCUUGUCUGUUUUCCUCGACCCAGGGGCUGAUGGAGAGCUACGAGAACAAUGACCUCGGUCGGAUCAACACGCUUCUGAAGCUGCUGGUCGACCAUUACGAUCGCAUUUUCUACGGUGAUACCGCCAAUGUUAGUGUUGCCAACAGCGGUGCCGAUUCGACGACCAGAAGCCAGUGCUAACACGGUGAUCGUGAAAUGAAGACCGAUUCCCUAGUGUAGGACACUGCAAAAAAGUUGAUUAUUUUUUAUUUACAUUCUUAGAACAAAGUGUGUAUACUUAUCGUUGUUUAAAAGUACUGAACAAAGACACUGUUUGUAAAUUUAAAUCGUUAUACAAAUAUUUUAUAUAUUUAGGAACCUUUGAAAGUA